CCCUGAUCACACCCCCAUCCUUCAGCCAUGCCUGCUCUUGCUCUGUGCCUCCUGUGGGCUCUGGCAGCAGCAGUCCAGCCUGCCCCAGUGGCCCCCAUGGGUGGCCAGGAGCCGGCACAGCACGAGGAGCUGACCCUGCUCUUCCAUGGGGCCCUGCAGCUGGGCCAGGCCCUCAAUAGCGUGUACAGGGCCACGGAGGCCCGACUGACAGAGGCCGGACAGAGCCUGGGCCUCUAUGGCAGCGCGCUGGGGCUUUUGGGACUACAAGUCAGCCAGGGCCGGGAUGCAGCGCAGGAACUUCGCAUGAACUUGCUGGAGAUGCAGCUGGAGGAGGAGGAUCUGCAGCUGCAGGCAGAGACCACAGCCCGGGUGCUAACGGAGGUGGCCCAGGCACAGCAGAAGCUGCGGGACAGCGUGCAGCGACUGGAAGUCCAGCUGCAGGGUGCCUGGCUGGGCCCCGCCCGCCAAGAAUUUGAGGCCUUAAAGGCUCACGCUGACAAGCAGAGCCACUUCCUGUGGGCCCUCACGGGCCAUGUGCAGCGACAGAGACAGGAGAUGGCAGCUCAGCAACACUGGCUGCGACAGAUCCAGGAGAGACUCCACACAGCGGCGCUUCCAGCCUGAGCCUGCCUGGGCAGAACUGAGGACCAGUCACGAAGCAAGGACACUUCCGUGCUCCAUGCAGCCCCCAAGCAGAGAGGAGCUGCCUGUCCAGUGGGGUUGGCCAGGGCACGCCGCUUCCAGCCCCAGGGCAGAGACAGAAGCAGGCGGGGUAGAAGGCAGAGGACACGGCCCCACUGGGGAGGGUGCAGGAAGGACGUGUGUCCUUCCAUGCUCACACACCCUGCAUUAAAGCAGAGCAGUGGCAUUUCACCUUGGGUGUC